UAGAUUUCAGUGCGGAUAACUACGACGCUGCCUGGAGGUUACUUUGUGACAGGUAUGACAAUAAGAGAUUACUUGUCAAUAAUCAUGUGCAAGCUCUCUUUAAUGUAAACCCUAUCUCUAAAGAGUCAAGUAAGUCGUUACGCCUUAUUAUUGAUACAACGAACAAAAAUCUUAGAGCCUUAUCUACACUUGGGCAACCAGUUCAACACUGGGAUACGCUUAUAAUUUAUAUUAUGGCUAGUAAAUUAGAUCAGGUGACAAAUCGUGAGUGGGAGGAGCAUAGAAACUCUCUGACUGAACCUCCAACAUUAAAUAUUUUUAUUAACUUCCUCAGCAACAGAUCAGAUUUAUUAGAAACACUUGAGGAGUCGAAGUCCAUCAAAACAAGAGGCGAGGGUCACAGCGACAACAAUAAAUCUAAUAAAAGUUUUCUGGCCACUACUGAUAAACCUAAAUAUAAGCCUUUAUUGUGUCCAAUGUGUAAACAGGAUCAUCAUGUAUUCACUUGUGAGACAUUCCAAUCACUUCCAGUGGAGGUUCGCAUCAAAAGGGUUCAUGGCUUUAAUGUAUGUCUUAACUGUCUGCGACCAGGCCAUGAUGCUAAUAAGUGCAAGUUAGGACAUUGUAAAUAUUGCAAUAAAAAGCACAAUACAUUGCUGCACGUUCAUAGUGAUAGUGAGCUCUCAAACACUCAAAAUGUCGUCUUGUCGGCUAAUCAUUCUGCUUCAUCUCGCAUAAUUCUACUUUCCACAGCGCUCGUGCAGGUGACGGACACAAAGGGCAACUGUCACACUGCUCGAGUCUUGCUGGACAACGGGAGCACGGCCAACUUCGUGUCCAGCGACUUAGUCCAUCCAGAACGAGAACAUCACCAAUUUGCAGCGGUUCCGUCGCAUUGAAUACCUGAAGCAGCACUUUUGGCACCGGUUUUCCCACGAAUACAUUUUGUGGCUUCAAGAGAAAACCAAGUGGCGCCGUUCUUCCGGGGAACUUAAGGAAGGG